GGUACGUACACGUGUCAGUGCGCUACUGUUCCUGUCAGCCUUGCGAGCCUGCCCUUUACGCCCUUACGAGACCUAUCAGAUCGCGCUAAAGUAAAGUAAUUCAAAGUAAACAAAUUGCUCCUUUUGGGUUUUCGGUGGCGGUUAGGUUAGUUUCCGGCGCGUAUUCUGCCUUAUCCUUGCAUUGAAUCUUUCACAACCAGGUUCAUUCAAUACCGAACUCCGAUAUACCAAUUGCAUCAUUAGUUUCAAUUGUCUUCCAUUCUAAACCUAUGUUCACCAGCUGCCUAGUAUCUAUCGCCAUCGCUGGUUGCUAUCAUGGAUGAAUCGUUAUCAUCUCCUGACCCGCUGGGCGACGAACCUCCAAGCUCGGCAUUUCCACAUACGCGACAUACUGAUAAUACUCUCACACACCACGACCUCUCUGCCAUUUCGAUCCCGAAGAGCCAAAUAAGGAGGUCUUCACCAGCGAGGCAGUCUCCUAGGAGGAGAACCUUCGAACUAGACGUCGGCAACGAGCUCGCACCGCAAAGGUUACUCGUCACAGUCGAGGCCGAAGAGGCCAUAAAGCGGGGUAUCAACCGAAGACUCUUUCAAUCAUCUUCACCGAUACGAGUUCCCCGUCGUAGAGAAGCCAUCAUGACUACUACGAUACCACUUAACGAUGAGAUAGAGAACGAAGCUACUCCGCGACGACGAGGCCGGCCGCGGCGGAUAAGCAAUGGCACUCCCAUGCCGAGGGGGAAGAAGAGGGCCGCCACACCUAUGAAAGAGACUCGGCGCACGCGACAGAAGAACGAUCUAGAAUCUGAAGCUAGUCUGGCGGAUGCGACACCUACUGGACCACAAGCAGACUCGGUCGCGUCGAAGGCGAAGGCGAAGGUACGAAAGACACCUAAGAGUACAUCCACCACCCAGGUUAUACCGUCGUCGCAACUCUCCAACAAUACGACCAAGAGGAAACGCGGGCGCCCGCGAAAAGCGCCAAUGCCAGAGGAGGUUGCUAUAUUAGCAGAUGCGGGCGACGCAUCAGACAAUGGUGUGGCCAAUAAUAAUGCCGCCCAGUCCGUCUUCGAUAAUUCGGAAAACCUACCGCCGUCAGCUCUGAGCCCAGUUCUGGAUUUGCCUGAUAAAGAGGAAGCUCAGCAAGUGACGACUAGCGAUAAUCUUAUCGAUGAUAUUAUAGAGGCGAGUGGAAGGACACCGACGCCGAGGAAUGUCUCAAACUUAUAUGAGACGUCGCGCACAGGGCAAGAUCUAGGAUCAGAGGCAGUGUCAUAUCAAGAAGAAGAGCUGCACAAUAGCGAUGUCGGUAUGUCUGAUGACUACCCGGCAUUGAUGGAGGCCCAUAGUGACGUGGAGUCGGAUUUGGAUAAUACCGAAGGGAUACCUCACAGCGGACAGGACACGCUCGCACAUGCCUCCGACUUCAGCAUGAUCGCUGUGGAAUCACUUCCCUCGUUCCAGGCGAAUAGAAGUGCCCUCCUUUCGGAUCCUCCGGAGAUGGGCGAAGAGACGAAUAUGAUAAUAAACCAAACGCUAGAGUCAUGGCGAAACAGUACCCGAACAGAAGCAGAACAAUCAUUAGCACGGUCGACGAGGAGCAACUUACCAACGGAGGAAGAUCAUUCUGGUGUACCGGAUCGCUCGUGGACGGAGGGUAGUAGUCGCAGUCCAAAGGAACGAACGAGGAGCCCGAGAAGACAAAGGCAACUUCCCUUGAGUCGGCAAGUAUUUGCAGGAAAAGCGCCUCAUGUAGACGAUUCCUUCUCGAGUCUUCCGGAUAGUAUUCUCAAAGCAGCAACGCCGGGACGUUUGCCUAUGAAGCCGACCUCUGCUGUAGAACAACACGGAGACACCACUGUGUAUGAGGAUGAAUUUUCCGAAAUUUCAGACGCUAUUCUCGAGGCUGCUACCCCGAAGCCAGCGACUCGAGUUGGAAGGUCUACGGAGGAGAGCCAUAUGGAAGCCCCGGUCGUUGAUGGACAAGUCAACUCUGCCAAUAGACAGGCAGGACCUAGCUUUGGAUCGAGCAGACUACCGACUCCCGAUGAUACGUCGUCUUCUAAUGCUGGUUCUAAGAAGGCCCGGGAAGAUGAAGCUGGCCCAUCUACAAGAGAAGAAGACAUUGCUGGUCCCAGUUCUAAUUCAGGUUUCCAAUCCUCACCUCCUAUUAUGAAUCGGCCACGUGCAAUGGAUUUUGGGCCAUCUCGGUUAGACCAAGAGAUUAAUAACAACAACACACCAGAAUUACAGCAUUCCUCCCCCCAACUACCUCCUUCUGCCAAAGCAGCUACGGAGCCUCCUCAAGCUUUAGAACCGCCUCCUAAUAGUAGGCCAUCGCUCUCACCGAUCGUACGCGUCGGACGAACCCUCCAAGAUGUGAUGUCAGACAGACCAUCUCCCGAACGCCGUGAAAGUAGUCUCGGAAGCCCAUUUAGAGGAUCGGCUACGAAUGACCCUUCGCAACCUUUCCCAUCGGAUCAAUCUGGCCAACUAUCUAUACCCAAAUCGCCAUCUCGAUCUGGUCGUGGCGUCUCGACCCAAUUCAACCCUCGAUCUUUAUCUGGUCCUAGUGCUGCUCUCUCUCAAAUCAGAAGGGCCAGCCUCUCUCAUAGCCAAUCAUCAGCACAAGGUGACAUUAUUGGCAAUGCCUCGGAUCCGUUUGGUCCAGCUAUGCGCAAUAGGUCACAGACCGAAACAUCCAGAAACAUCAUGUAUAACACUGAUGACCGAGCACCGGAACAAACUCGUUCAUUCAAUCAGUCGGUGUCUAAUUCAGCUAGAGCAAUGCCGUCGAGUGAUAAUGGGAUAAGCUGGGUCGCAGAUGACAACAAUCAUCAGCGAGACGUGAAUCAAGGCUCAGGUUCCCAGCCAAUACGUCCCCAAAGUCCAAGUGGUUUCGCCACUUACGGCUCAAAUGCAAGUCGCGUAGCAGCCGAGGCCACGAAUCACGAGGUGGAAGAGCAACAAGAACAAGAAUUGGAGGAGCAGGGAGAUAGUGCGCUAGUAGACUACGAAGCAGAGGAAGACGACAUCUGGGACUUUGAGGCAUCAAGGCAAACACCUAGGAGACCGGAGCGCGCGCAACGUACGUCACAGCACCCCGAUCAACCCACGCGACGGACGAAGGUUCCAAGUCCCUGGAGAAAAACUAGCAGACGCCUCAUUUACCGCGAAGAGAUUGCAAGCUCUUCUCAAAUAGAAAUUGAGGAGAAUCCGCAGAGCGAGGCAGAAGAUGCGCCGCUAGUGCGUCAAAGGCCGCGGGCAUCAGAUGCUCACUCUAUACUACAGGGGUGGAAUUCCGAGGCUACUCGCAUUAUUGAGAGCUCGUCUCCUGAAGCCGAACAACCAAUUCUAAGCCCUCAACAGGAAAUACAGGAACAGCUAGAAGCCCAGGAGCAGUCAGAGUCUCGGGAACAUUCAGAGGCCCGGGAACUGUCAGUAGAGUCACAAGAACCAGAAGAGCCAGCAGCACGUGAAGAACCAAGAAACCCUGUAGUGCCCGCGAAGGCUGUGGAGCCCGCAGAAGCGUCUGAGUACUCAAUGCUAGCACAGCGGGCAGAGGCUGCUCCAGCUACUCAACAGAAACCUAAAUCUAGAUUAUUCGGUGGCUUUGAUAUCUUGUCUUUCUUCUCAUCACCGGCCGCAUUGCCUAAGAAGACCCCAGAAGCUGGGCCAGCAAAUGCAACUGGUAUAACCGAAAAGGUCGCCCAGCCUGUAUUCCAAAAGCCACUACCCAAAGAAACGACAAGUCAACCCCCUAAGGAACCGCAGAGGUCCCUUUGGUCUACAGGAUUAUUUUCCUCGAUCCCGCAAAUGGAAUCUCAACCGAGCCCAGAACCACGAACAAACAUGUUCCCACCGGCACCUCCUUCACAAUCUAAUGAGACAAGGCAAGAAUCUUAUGUAGAAAACUCGCCCUCGCCCUCGCCCUCGCCCUCCCCUGCGCCGUCACUUUCUCCCGAGCCUCCUUCUUCGCAGUCACAACAAUCACCUGAGCCGUCCCCUGAACCGUCACCUGAAGAGUCCCUUGAACAACAAUCACCCGAACGGUCAUCUUCGCCCUCACCUCACCCCUCAACACCUGAACGCCAGGCCUAUCCGCCAAUCGAGCAGAAAAGAAACUUCACGCCGCGACCAGGUCAGUCUAGUUUGUCUCUAUUUAGAAGCGGACCGCUCCCCAGCAGAAACGAGGCAGACGAGGACCUCCUUCUACUGCCGAGCGAUGACCAGAAUGAGCAAGACGAGGACGAGCAGAACAAGCAGGAUGAGGAGGAUGAGCAGGAUGAGGAGGACGAGGACGAAUACGAUGAACAGCAAGAGCAGCAGGAUUCAUCGCUCUUGACAGACGGGACAGACUAUGAGCGCUUCCCACCAAGGGACGUCCCAUCCCGGUGGGACAGGACGCUUUCGCCGUCCAAGUCGUGCUUCCGUUCCCCCAUGAAACCUACUACCCCGGGCCGGGUUGUGGCUUUUAUGCCUAGUGCGCUUUCUUCCACUGCCCAAGCUCAAACUAGUGUCGUGAAUCAGCAAAACGGCGCCAGGAAUAACAUAGUCUCACAAGGGACCGUUCUCCGACCCAUCCCCGAAAACACACACGACGAGUCAACGGAUUCUUCGUCAUCCUCAAGUCGUAGCACCGACGCUACGUCUCCUAUCACCACCCAUCCUCCCAUACAGAUGCUACCGCAAAAUGGCAAUAGCAAAUCCACCGCGCGGUCCCCGUCCCGCCAUCCUACCGCUUUCGCCCUAUCGAAAACAGAAUGGACCCGCCACCACUGGGUGCGUCUAGACGAGCUCCUCCAACUACGACGCUACGACCCCCUGGCCUUCCAGCAGCAGCAGCAGCAACAACAACAGCAGCAGCAGCAGCAGAAGCAACAGUCAUGGGUGCAGAGUUGGUGGCGUCGCCAACCCCCAUCCCCCAACGCCUCGGCUCUCAUAGGGAAAGAAGUCGCGGCUCAGGGCGAGAGCCUGAUCCUAGAACAGUGGCAUAUCGAGGUCGUAGAGGCCUUCGCCCGCGAAGUCGGUGGGUGGAGCGAGAGUGCGCUUGCGAAGAGGAUUUUUGCGCUGAUUGUGGGUGAGGAGAGAAGGAGAACCGGAAGGGCUGGGAGGGUGGAUAAAGGGAAGGGGAAGGCUGUUGCUUAGACUUAAGCUUCAGCUUAGUUGUUAUUUAAAAAAAAUGCGCCUCUACGUGGCUAGGAGGUGGGAGGAAAAGGAGUGACGAGUUGUUUGAUAAGGGUGUUGGAAAGCGAAGAGCUGAUAUGCUCUAUCAUAUACCCCAAGUUAAGGACAGAGAGCAAAGCAAAAGGGAGGAGUACGUGAUGAUUACAUAGCGGGUUUUUUUGG